CCGUACACGAGAAAGUAUGAUUCCUUAGCGAAAGACCACAAUGAAAUUCGCUUGAUCAAACUCUCGUCAUCCUCCGAUCCUAACUACGACAUUGGUUGCGAGCUUAUCGUAACCUCUCUCGAUGAGAACCCAAAAUACAAAGCUCUCUCUUAUACAUGGGGGAACCCCAACGACACAGUACCCAUCACGCUCAACGACCAGCGCUUUGAUAUUACUCGCAAUCUAAAAAAGGCUCUUCAAAGCCUUCGCACGCUUGACACGGAUACCCCGUACUGGGUCGACGCCAUUUGC